AUGGGGUUCGCAGCCGCCACAGGGACAAACGAUCCCCCGGAAGUCCGCAACUGGACUAUCCAUUACAUAGCCCUGGUUGCUUCUAUGGCAGCCCUUUCAAUGGGCUAUGACACCGCCGUCAUUGGUGGCACCAUGUCCCUUGACUCCUUCGUCAGCCACUUCGGCAUCGACAACAUGACCUCCUCGGAGCGCGACAACUCCCAAGCCAACAUCGCCUCCAUGUUCCAAGUCGGCGCCUUCUUCGGCGCCCUGCUGACAUUCCCAGUCGCCGAGAAAUACGGCCGCAAAAAGGCCAUCAUGACCGCGGCCCUCAUCUUCUGCGUAGGCGGCGCCAUGAUGUCCGGCGCGAACGGCAUGUUGGAGCUCAUCUAUGCCGGGCGGGCGAUCGGCGGCCUCGGCAUCGGCAUGGCGACGAUGACGGUCCCGGUAUACAUCGCGGAGACCUCACCUCCAAGCAUCCGCGGGCGUCUCGUGGGCAUCUUCGAGAUCUUCUCCCAGGGGGGCGGGAUGCUCGGUUUCUGGAUCAACUACGCCACGGACCGAACUAUCGAUGUUCGGAAUAGAUCUCAGUGGAUCGUGCCGUUGACGCUUCAACUCCUUCCGGCUGUGAUGCUCUUCAUCGGCAUCAUCUUCUGCCCGGAGUCGCCGCGCUGGCUCGCUCGAGGAGAUAACUUCGAGGCCGCGGAGAAGGUUCUGGUGCAUAUCCGCGGUCUUCCCGCCGAUCAUCCGUAUGUCCAGAACGAGAUGAGUGAGAUUCGGCAGCAGGUCGAGGAGCGGAGCACGAUGAGGCUCAGCAAGAGACAGCAAAUCCAGAAGCUGUUGGCGCCGGGCACCAGAAACCGGGUCGCGGUCGGGGCGUUCCUCAUGUUUCUGCAGAGUUACACGGGAGUUAACAUUAUGACGUACUAUAGCCCGCGCAUCUUUGAGACUCUAGGCAUCGUAGGUACCAGCAACAAGUUAUUCUCCACGGGUAUUUACGGCGUUGCCAAGAUGCUCGGAAUGAUCUUGUUCGCGGUGUGGGUAGUCGAGAAGGUCGGUCGUCGCGGCGGUCUCCUCUGGGGAUCGCUCCUGGGCAGUCUGCCACUCUGGUAUGUUGGUGGCUACGUGAUGGUCGCCGACCCGUCCGCCAAUGCAACGGAGGGCAACAUCCAGCUGAGUGGAUGGGGUUACCUCGCGAUGGUCUGUAUAUAUCUGCAUUCCUUCAUCAUCUGCGCCACGAUCCAAGGAAUCACCUGGACAUACGCCGCGGAAAUCUUCCCCUUGGAUAUCAGAAUGGCUUGCGUCGCGAUAUCGACGGCGAGCACGUGGCUGGGAUCGUUCGUGGUCGCGAGGGCCACGCCGUUCAUGAUAACGGACCUUGGCUACGGGACGUACUUCAUGUUUGCUGGGUUUUUGAUUGGCAUCGGUGUUUGGUCUUUCUUCUGCGUCCCCGAGACGAAAGGGAUCUCUCUUGAGGAGAUGGAUGCUCUGUUUUCGAGGCCUACUCAUAUCGUUGUCUGGUCACAGCUUCGUGGUCGACCAACCCUCGCCAGGGACAACGCUUCAAUUGCUGGGUCCAUGGGCAAGGGAGGGGCGAAGGUCGAGACCGUAGCUUAG